UAAAAGUGGAGUUCAAUUAUUACAAAAGUAUACUAAAAAGUUUGUUUUUUUUAUUGCAAUUUCUUUGAGAUUGUAAAUCUAGAUAAGUUCUAAUAUGGAAGAACAAUCUAAUAAUCCUAAAUUUAAAGAUUUUAAAAAUAAAAUUUCGAAACAAACUCUUAGCGCUAUUAAAACUAUGGGUUUUAAGAGAAUGACCGACAUACAAACUGAGGUCAUUCCUAAGGCUUUGGAUGGGGCAGACGUUGUUGCUACCGCUAAAACAGGUUCAGGAAAAACAUUGACAUUUUUAGUACCUGUUGUUGAAAUUGUGGCAAAAUUAGUAAAUGUUCAACAAGGUACAUUUUGUAUUAUAGUGUCACCAACGAGGGAACUAGCUACACAGACUUUUACUGUAUUACAAGAUAUAAUACAAUAUCAUGAAUCGAUAACAUCAGCAUUAGUCAUAGGCGGAGAGAGUAGAAGAUCACAGAGCAUUGAACUUUCAAAAGGAGUUCAUAUUGUUGUUGCCACCCCUGGUAGAUUGUUUGACCAUAUGAGAACAAAGGAGUUUGAUUAUAAAUAUGUUAAAUGUCUAGUAUUAGAUGAAGCAGAUAAAAUAUUUCAAUAUGGUUUUGAGGAGGACAUCAAACAGAUAGUGAAUCGCCUUCCAAAAAAUAGACAAACUAUGUUAUUCAGUGCUACACAAUCAGAAACAACUGAUUCUCUAAUAAAGUCAGCUAUGAAAGAAGAUGUACAGUCAAUUAAUACUAAUGAGGAUAAUGACCGAGCUACAGUUGAAGGACUCAAGCAAGGGUAUGUUAUUUGUGAGACAGAAUAUCGCCUUCAUUGGUUACAUAAAUUGCUGAAAAAGACAAACAACUCCAAGGUCAUGAUUUUUUUUUCAAGUUGCAAGUCUGUUGUGUUUCAUUAUGAUUUUUUUAAUAAAUACUGUAACAUUGGAGUAUUAUGUAUUCAUGGAAAAAUGAAUCAAGCAGACAGAACAGCAACCAUAAAUAAUUUUUACAAUGCUGAAAAGAUGGCUUUAUUUUGUACUGAUUUGGCAGCGAGAGGCUUGGAUAUACCAGCUGUGAAUUGGAUAGUUCAGUUUGAUCCACCAUCAGAUACAAAUGAAUACAUUCACAGAGUUGGAAGAACUGCUAGAGGAUUAGGAGCUGAGGGAAGGGCUGUAUUAUUAUUAAGGCCAGAGGAAAAAGAAUUUGUUAAUUAUUUGCAAGAUGCAAAAAUAUAUCUGGAUAAAUAUGAACUAUGGGAUCGCUACAGUGAUUUGACACCUAAGAUAGAAGCAGCAAUGGAGGAUCCCGAAUUUUACAACUUAGCCGUUGAAGCUUUUGAAGGUUACAUUAGAGCUUUCGAAGUAAAGAAAUUAAAACAUGUUUUUAAUUUACUCAAUAUGGAUUUAGAAGCUGUUGCUAGAUCGUUUGGAUUGAAACAGAAACCGGACGUCGAUAUUCGUGUAGGAUUUAGUAAAAAGCAUAGACAACGAAAGAGGAUAGCCGCAGAGCUUGCGAAUAAAAAUUCAGUACCAACUUCGAAAUUGUUAAAAACUUAA